AUCUAGUGGGGACUGUGGCCCUUCGUUUCGAGAUACAAGUGACUCUGGCUUUGGUGUUUGCCAUCAUCGCACUUAAGACGUCAUCUGUAAGCAUGCGUGAGAAAGAAGGGCUGAUGGAACCACUGGUCGUCACCUGUUCAGCUCUGAGUCACUUGGUCGCAGCCAUACUGCUGGGCGUCACACUAGGUGCAUAUGCGCAACAACUGCAUCAGAUAUCGCGUUUGGGAGACAUAUAUACCAUGAUGAAGGUAACGGAUCAAGGCUACGGAUUUCUGGUGUUGGGUUUUGUAGCAGUGCUUGUCUCCAUCUUACUCGCAGUGACACAUCUGCUGGUGUUGGUCUCCAAUCUGAAGAAGCAAGAGGAGAGAAAGCCGGAUGUGGAGUACAACCUUCUUGUGCAAAAUGAGGACUCGCCCUGAAUGCUGCUUGUGAACUGUAUGCUAUAUACAUAAUGUUAAUUUGAAGUGCAGAAAUCGUAAUCGAAUGUAAACGUCAAUAUUUUUAGUUUGCUGUUAAACUGCUAAACUACGUUAACACAAAUAUAGAUAGAUUUGCAUGGCAUCGUAUUCGGAUAAUCCAGUUAUUAUGAAUAAACGUUUUAGCUUACAAAAUGUACCAUGGUUGAAAGCUAUAUAGGUUUUAUAGAAUCGUCCCCUACAUUGAAGAUUUGACAGAGAAAUAUCCUACCCUUUGGAUGAGCAUUUGGUGAUCCAACUCUCGGCUAAAGGGAUACACAACCAAAUCGUCAUCCCGAGGGUUGAACAUUUCUCUGUUCUACCUUCAAGAUAUGUUAGACUUAUUUUUUAUUCUAUUCUAUUUCCUACUUAUGGUAUGACCUCUUGCCGUGGUAUGAUUACCGACAUUUAAGUAUAGUUUGCUGAAUUUGAUGGUUUUAUUUAGGUAUAUUUCUACAUUUAAUGUCCAGCUAUUAUAAUUUGAAGUUUUUACUUUUAGUAUAACGAGACGGUGAUGUCCUUUUUACAUGGUAUAUUUAUUGCUAAAUUGGUUCAGUAUUGAACAAAAUAAAUGUCUGCUACAAGAUGGUUACCGCACAUCUUGAUAAACUAAUUUGGAAUUAAUUUACAUAUGUGUCACGAAGCAUACACCUGGGCCCGUAUUCAUGAAACCGUUCUCAUGCUCAUGCACAGAUUCUGUGCUCAAGCUUUGAAAAAAGUUUCAUGAAUACAGGCCCUAAUAACAGUUUAUUACUCUGAAUUGAAACUUUAAUAUGUCUAUUAACAUUUUCGAAAUAAUUGCAUAUUGAAUAACACUCCGUGUAUUGUAUUCCAUGCUUGUAUUAACACCACAUGUAGACUCAAUAUGUUGCUUACUUAUCAAUGCUUUCGGUUUAACUCAUUCACCCCUGAAGUUUUAUAAUUAACUAUUCCAACCUUUGAAUUAGAAGAAAUCAAAUCUUCCUUCAUGGGUGAAUGAGUUAAUAAGAAUUUUGUGUAAUUUUGUUUCUACAUUUAUGUACAUGUGCGCAUCAUGAUAAAAGAGAAUCUGAAACGUGUUUCAAUGUUUAUUGACAAUUAUAAGCUCACUAAAGUAACUAUUAUCAAAACGAUGCUGUGGAAACUCGUUUGGGUAUCUCUGUUAUGUCUAAAUGUCUUUACAUAAUUAUACUGUAUUCACCUUUAGAUAAAACUUAAAUGUACAUAACAUGUAUCGCAUUUGGCUGUUUGUUAAUUUGUACGAUUUACCACUAACCUAUGCAUUUCGUGUUUUUUCAAUAAAGAUAACACCAAUUUAA